AUGCAGUCAGCGUCCCUCGACGUAAUACCGGAUGAUGCGUAUCAAAGACGGGUCUUGGAAACCCCGAAAGCCAGGCAAUCACACCAGAAACCAACCUUUGCCUGUAGUUGGCCAGGAUGUGGGCGAGUAUACGGAAAAAGAGAGCAUCUCCAGCGCCAUGAACGCAGCCAUGCUGGUGACGUGAAAUACGAGUGUCCAGUAUGUAAAAAGCGAUUUGGUCGAAGAGAUGUGAUGACUCGACAUCUUUCUCUACACGGGUCUAGAGUGAAAGUUCCACGCAAAGUCGCAUGUGUAUCCUGCGUUAACUCGAAAGUACGAUGCGAUGGAAAACGAGGGCACACUUGCACCAAAUGUAAAACCUCAGGGUGGAAAUGUGUAUAUCGCAACACAAGGGCAGAUUCAAUCCCUGACCAGCGAGCCCAGGAUUCCGAAGAAUUUUUGGUCUCUCAGGACUUGGUUAUUCGACGCGAGGAAGCUGCCGUCCUCCCAGGGUCCCUUGAUAUUCUGGCUGCAGCCUCUGAGUCCCAUAUUCAAGCUCCAGUUGAGCUAGGAUAUCAUAAUAUCAAUGCCAAUAUCCAAAAUCAAAUUUCAUUACCAGUAACUGCUGAUGCUUUCCCGUCAGUUACAGCUGGAUCCCUCUUUGAAUUCCCCAUGGAUCCCUUUGAAAGUUUCUUUGGGUGGGAUAUGGAUGAAUCCGGGCUAGACAACCUCAACGUGCCCCCCUUUGGUUUUAUUCCGACCGGUGACGUCUCCCCUGGUACUUUUACAGCGUCUGAGGUACCAGGGAUGCGCUGUUUAAGUUCUAUGGAACCAUCAGAAUUGAUUCGAGAUGCCCAGCCACCUGAUACGCCAUGGCCUCAUGUAUUUCGGCCCAGCCAGCAAGACAAUCAGCUGGACCUGCCUCCUGUCAAUCAAAAGUCUCGAUUAAGUCUUCAAGGCCCAGCUAUUGACGGGAUUGAGGACUCCACUCGCCAGGAAAUCGUUUCACUUGUUCAUGCGGCUCAUCGACCACGAUGGCCUUUAGUCGAUCUUUCAUUCUUCCCUUCAAAUGAAACACUGACUUCAUGUGUGAAUCUCUAUUUCCGCCAUUUCCACGAAACCCUUCCCAUCAUCCGCCGCUCCACCUUCCGCAAGAACGACGCACCGCCAAUCUUACUCCUCACAAUGGCGGCUAUUGGCGCAGUGUACUCACACGAUGGUUCAAGCGGGCUUGCAAUCGCGUUGAACGAGCUGGCGCGUCGAGUUAUUUCACAUGUCCGCGAGAGCGACCAACGGGCAAUGUUUGAUAGGGUAUUCAUCCAAGCACUGCUCCUCCAAUCCGUCUUUGGGCUGUUUUGUGGCUCUAGAAUGCUUUAUCAACAUGCAGAGAUAAGCAGGGCUAGUCUCGUUACAGCAGCUAGGAGGAUGCACCUUCUGCGACCAAGUUUGUCGUAUGUCAAGGAACUCGAGAAACAGAACCCAUCGCCGACUGAAGACGAGCUUCGGCGAGCUUAUGAGGAUGAUGAUAGGCGACGGAAUUUAGGCUGGGGAAUAUAUCUCUAUGAUAUGCAGAUAUCAUGCCUUCUGAAUAUCGCACCUCUCCUCUCUGUCAGCGAGAUUAAUGUCCCUCUUCCAAUCGACGAGGAGGCUUGGAAUGGAACCAAUCCCGGCGAGAGUGUGAAUUUAGAGCACGUUCUGCAACGGUCGUCGAACUUUCGAACGGUACUGGAUUCGUUGCUCUCUACGGAGAAGUUACCGCGGCCCUUAAGUUCGUUCGGGCUUUGUACCGAUGCCGCUGCAUUUGAUACCAUAUUCUCGCGACCGGCGAUGUCAUCGGAUACGCUAUACCGACUUUCAUUUCCAUCGAUUUUUAAAAACAAUCCCCAACAACUCCUCGACCAGUUAUCAGUUUAUUGCCACGGGCUCUCUCACAUGCCAAACUCAUUGAUCGUCAGCGUCUCUGCUCUAUCACACCUCGGCCAUAUGCAGUUCACCUGGCCCGCUUUCCUGAACAAUAUCAAAGUUGCCGCUGGAAAGAGUGGGACCGAGGAGAGCAAGGCGGAUGCUAGAAGUUGGCUACGAGCUCGUAUUGCAGAGGAUCCUUUGGGGGCAAGGUCAAUCCUUGUACAUGCCGGACAGCUUAGUGCAUUGCUGUUGAGAUUUACAUUUGAUGCACCCUCCGAGACUGUCUUUGUCUUCGACGCCGCAUUAACAUUUUGGGCUAUUCUCGAAUUCUCGGAUGAAAAAAUACUAGGCCCGUCUUCAUCAUCAAGAAGAACCACUGUUACCUGGUCUGAGUUCGAUGACAUACACGAGUGGGUGAAAAGCGGAGGACCGGUGUAUUUCCAAGGACUGGGGGAUCUUUCUGAUCUUACAAGCUCUAAGAUCCUGUCAAUUUUUGCGGAACGACUGGAGACUAUGCCAUGGGGUUUGUCGCGGUGGUUUAAACAUGUUCUGAUGAUGUUGGAGCGGGAGUAG